UUCGACGUUUUCGAAGCAUCGGCUUGUUUCACCUUCAAAUUGAGGAAAAUGUCAAAAUCUGAAAAAGUAUGAGUGUUUUGGAACAUUCUUCUGGUGUUUUGCAAGGUCUGGUUAAUUUUAGCAUGCCAAACUGGUAUUACGAGAAGAAAGACCUCCGUAAUACACCAUCUAUUCAGGAUGGCAUCGAUUUUGAAACGGAGCGCCGCUAUCGGAAGGAAGGAGCCCGCUUCAUCAUGCAAACCGGCACAUCGAUGGGAUUGGGUCACAACACGGUAGCGACCGGUGUUGUUUACUUUCAUCGAUUUUACAUGUUCCAUUCGUUUAAAACUUUUCCGCGCUACGUUACUGCCUGCUGCUGCCUUUUCCUUGCUGGAAAAGUGGAAGAAACGCCUAAAAAGUGUAAGGACAUAAUCAAAACAGCUCGAUCAAUGCUCACGGAUCAAAAGUUUGUAUCGUUUGGUGAAGAUCCAAAGGAGGAAGUUAUGACACUAGAGCGAAUUUUACUGCAGACCAUUAAGUUUGAUCUGCAGGUUGAGCAUCCGUACUCCUUCCUAGUAAAGUACGCCAAGUGUCUUAAAGGAGACAGUGCAAAACUCCAGAAGAUGGUUCAGAUGGCCUGGAACUUUGUUAAUGAUUCGCUUAGUACAACGGUGUCCCUUCAGUGGGAACCUGAGAUAAUUGCUGUCGCUUUAAUAUAUCUGGCUAGUAAACUAAGCAAGUUCACUGUGGUCGAUUGGGUGGGAAAACAAUCGGAACAUCUGAAGUGGUGGGACAUGUUCGUUCAGGAUGUGACCAUGGAGAUCUUGGAAGACAUUUGUCAUCAGGUCCUGGAUUUGUACCAGCAACCGAACAAUGAGUCUCCCCCAGAUAGUCCACCACAGCUCCCACCAAGUAAAGCAUCGCCACCAGCCAAGCGAGCCAACAUAUCACCGGUUGCGAUCAAAAAUUCACCAACUAUCAGCAAUACACCCGUGAAGGCACCUGCACCACCUCCUGCUGUGGAAAUAGAAGCAAAUCCCAUACCGAAACACAUCACUACGGACAAUGCCCCGCACAGCAGCUACGGUACUUAUCCCAUAUAUCCAAUUCAUCAAGGACCUCCGGCUCAAUCACACGGAGGAUCUACUGGUUUCAAUUCCAGUGCCCCUCCAGGUCCAAUCCAAUCCUCCAACCAACCCUGGCAAUCAUAUUCCCAUUCACACUCGAAUAAUUUCUAUCCAUCUGGGUCAACGGGAAAUCGUAACAAUUACUAUCCACCGCAGUGAAGAAUGGAAUUAGCAGGGUUGUGAUGUCUCUUGUAAGUAUGGGUUUGCAAAUAAAUAAAAUCUGAUUGUACACAUUCA